AUGUUUUUCUUGGUCAUCUCUUACCUUCUGAAGUGGUGUCUUCCAGCUUUCGCCUUCGGAACGUUUCUGCUCUACGUUGCUUCUUUUAUUUCCGGUAGGCGCCGAAGGUCUGCCGAGCUGCACCGAAAGCUCCAGCCGUCACGGAAAAGGUAUCCCACACGUGACCUCCCUCCAGUUUUUCCCAAUGGCUGGAUCCCCGUGCUCGAAUCUUCAGAUCUCAGACUGGAAGAAGUCAAACAAAUAGACCUUCUAGGCUUGGAGCUGGUGGCGUUUCGGACCAAGGACGGCGUUGCCCACGUGGCCGACGCCUACUGCCCGCACCUGGGCGCCCAUCUUGGGGCUGUGGGCCGCGUGGUAGGAGACUGCAUCGAGUGCCCUUUCCACGGAUGGAGGUUCAGCGGAAAGACCGGUGCCUGUACUCACGCGCCUUUCUCGACUAAACUACCAGAGUUUGUGCGCCUGAAGCAGUGGGAAGUCCACGAGCUCCUUGGAUUCGUGUUCAUAUGGCACCAUGCCGAAGGGGAGGCGCCUUCGUGGCGCAUCGAGGACUGUCCCGAGAUCACCGGCGGCGACUGGAAGCUCUACUCCCGCUUCGACGACCGAAUCAGCUGCCACAUUCGGGACCUCAUCGAGAACGCCUUCGACGUGGCUCACGCGAAGCACCUGCACACGGCCAACGCCUUUCUUUCUCCCGUGGAAUUCUUGCAGAGCGGUGCGGAGAGCUUCUGGGCGCGCUUCAUGAUGAACCACUGGACCGUCAAGAACAGGAUCGAGGGUCAUGUCUGUUUCUCCGAAAUCGACGCCGAUGCAUCGAUCUUGGGCAAGCGACGGCCUUUUCUUCACGCUCUGGUGACCAACCAAGCGAUUGGACCGGCGUUGAUGUUGGAGCGUGUGCAGUGCAAGUUCGCGAGUGCGUUGGCGGUGAUUGCGAUGCUUCCGGAAGAACCCCUACAAGUGCGGGUCAUUCAAAGGUUGCACUUCGAACCAAACGCGCCAUGGUUAUUCCGCUGGAUCCUCAGCAAUGCUCAGCAGUCACAGCCCAUCGACCGAGGGAUUGUUCAGUUCCGCAAGUGGUUUGCUCAGUUUUUCAGUGAAAACAGUCCCACCUGGCAAGCAGUUCAAGAGCGCACGCUGCAGUGGUGA